GCAGUUGCCAUAGUGACGGAAACCGAACCGCCCCCCCCAAACCGCCGCCUUGCGUGAGGCCCUUGUGGUUCUUUCUUUUUUUCUUCCUCCCGCCCGCCUUUUUCCCUUCUUCUUUCCCCUCUCCUCCCUUCCCCCCCUCCCCGCGCCCGCCCGCACCUCGAAGGCCGCGCGCGCGGGCGCGCACCCGUGUUUCGUGAGGGAGCCUGUGAGAGAGAGGGGAGGGGAGAUGAGAUGGCGGCCGAGGGGGAGGCGGAGGCGGAGGUGGAGUGGGUGGUAGACAGCAUCGCCGGCUUCCUCCGCAGCCCCGCCUGGUCCAUCCCCAUCCUGGAGUUCGUGGAGCACAAAUGCGAGGUUUUUGAUGAAGAAGAAGAAAGCAAGCUGUCUUACACUGAGAUUCAUCAGGAAUAUAAAGCUCUGGUUGAAAAGUUAUUAGACAGUUAUCUUAAAGAAGUUGGAAUCAAUGAAGACAAAUUCCAAGAAGCCUGUAUGUCUCCUCUUGCCAAGACUCGUACCUCACAGGCUAUCUUGCAGCCAGUAUUGGCAGCUGAAGAUUUCAGGUUGUUUAAAGAGAUGAUGGUCCAGAAAAAUAUUGAAAUGCAAUUGCAAGCCAUAAGAAUAAUUCAGGAAAGAAAUGGUGUGCUACCUGAUUGUUUGACAGAUGGGUCUGAUGCAUAUACUGAAAUUGAAGAAGAAGAAAUGAAAAUAUUAAGGGAGGUUCUCAGAAAGUCAAAGGAAGAAUAUGAUCUGGAGCAAGAAAGGAAAAGAACUAAUGAGUCACAUGAGAAACAGAGAUCAUCUGAUGGUGCACACAAAUCUCCAGGACAUCUGAGUGAAAGUGCAGGAACUAAAGAGUCUGCUGACCAUACUACAAAACAUUCAUCAGGUCGAGAGGCAAAACACAAACACUUGCCUACCCGGGAACUACCCUCUGCCAAACUGAAGGAAGAGAGUCGGAAGAAAACCAUAGGGAAUGGCUCUGAAUGUGUAGCAAAGCAAGUGGGGACUGAAGGACGUAAUGUAAAUUCUACUUACCAGAAACUAUCAGAACUUGGAGCACAAGAGCUCAGGGAGCGUGAAGACUAUCUAAAGCAGAAACGAGAUGCACUGAUGGCUUUGAAGAAGGAGUCCAAAACUAAUAUGCCGCCGCCGCCACCACCACAGAGUACAGAGCAGAAAGAAGAGCUGUUACCUUCUAAGGAGGGAAUGACAGAAGAAGAGGAGCAAAGGUUGUUAAAGAAACGAAUCCUUGCAGCAAAACUUAAAGAAGAAGUUAUUAAUAAGCGAUAGUUCAGAGAAGCUGCUUUUAGGAGUUGGGGACAAGAAUGACUGUUUAGUAUAUUUAACCAUGAACUGAAUUCUUUGCUCACAAACAUUGUAUGCAUUAAUUUGAUUUUAUAUAUUAAACAUUAACUUUUUCUUUUUUUUAAUAGACUUAAAAUUAGAUAAAAGUAAUGGUUUUACUUUAAGGUAGGCUUGGUCGUUCCAAAGUAUGAAGCAUCCAGCAGUUUAGAUUCUUACAAUUCCAAUAUGUAUUGCUGAAUGUGAACACUGUAACUCCUUUGCUUGGUUUAAUAUUUAUCGGUUCUUUUGUUAAAAGUACAUUGGUAGACUGACAUUAAAAUGUUUAAACUUGUUUUGAUUUUAUAUACAGAUGAAUGUAGAAGUGUCAAGUUUAAAAUCAACAUGAAGUUUAAAAUCAACUGUAUAGAGCUCCAAGUGUUCCUUUCUUCUCACAAGAUUGCCUCGUGAGACGGAAGUUUGGCAACCUUGCAAAUUACAGGACAGAAGUAGGCACAUUGUAAAUUUGCCUACAUAUAAAUAUGCUGUGUAAUGUUUGAAGCAGGCUGAAGAAACAGAAUUAGCUAAUAUAUUUUCAUAUAUUUUAAGUGAACCCAUUCAAUAUUAUUUGUGCUUUAUUCAGAAUAAUCACUCUCCUAGCGCUUCCGGCACCAGAAGGCUACUGUCUACAAAUUUCCAACACAGUAAGAAACACAGCUCAUCCGCAUUUCAUGUAACUUUUUAUUAAAAUAGUAUUUAACUGAGACAUGUUGGCAGAUGUAAUCUUUUUCUUUGAAAAAAAAUCAGUUGAAGGGCCCCAGGCAUUUGAAAUGUGGGCUGUCCUGUGGCAAAAAGCAACCCACCAUAACAAGCGGCAAGGGAGGUGGAAGGGGGGGGGGGAAGAAAGCACCUGAGGCAGAUUGUGUAACUUGAAAAGGAGGAGCUUCAUCUUGCACAGUAUUUGUCAGCCAAUAUUCGAAUGCUCCUAACUUUCCAUGUCAUUAAACUAUUUUUUUAAAAAACACUGAUUGUGGCUAUAGAAGUGACUCAUGGCGCAGGGUCUGCAUGUGUUCUUGAAGCUCUUAACAGUCUUUGAAAAUAGAUGGAAGAUGAGAGGCCAAAUGUGUUGGGUCUUUUUUCAUUUGCUUAAUAAAAGCUUGGAGACAGGCCAGAUGUCUCCACCUCAUAUAGAGCUUAAGAAGAAAAUUGUUAGCGGGUUUGGGGGCAGGGGGAGAAGGAGAGACAGACUUGCCAGGAAUACAAAGUGAGCAUAUCAAGCUUACAUAGUAACACUGCUGAACCAGCCCAAAUGUUUUGCCACCCACUUCCCUUCAAACAAAGUAGUCUCCAGCUGAAGUGAGAAGGAAGCCCCUAUUUUUAGUUGCCUGGAGCCCCCAGAUGGCAGAGAUAUGUCCUUCAGGCCAUAUUAACUGUCAGUCAUUGCAACACACCAAAUCAAAUCUGGGAACAUUCAUUUUUUCCACUAGAUUUGGUUUGGUGGCAUAUAAUGAUUAAUUUGUACAAAUAACUAUCUCAUUAAAACCCUCUAAAAUGGCCACAUUUCAAAAUCUGAAUUAACUUACCAUUUACAACAAACCAAACAAAACCAAUAAUUAUGGAAUUACAGGGUCACAUUUUAAUUCCUGAAUUUUACAGUUCAGCAUUAAUAUCACCACAUGUAUACAAAUGGUGUAAAACAAGUACAGUGGUUUUCUUUUUCAAUACAAAAUAAACUUCUGUUUCAUGGAAAAACUAUACUUCAUAUCUACACAGUCAGCCCAUCUUUUGCAAACAAUAGCUAAAAUUAAAAUUAACUACAAAAUCUCCAAAACAGGGAAACUGUGUCAAUAACUGUUCCAGGAGAAAUGGACCCUAACACAUUGCAAGAGUGAUCUAUAUGGUGAAUUGCUGCUGGUUUCAUAGUUCAUUAUCACUCUUAAUGCAAUUUGUAGUUUGGGGGAAUUCUUUCUUCUGCAUGAUCUCAGAUCAUAUAUGGCCAAACUAACAUUAAAAUAUUUACAGUUCACUUGCUCUCAAAAUAAAAAAGGUCUCAAAAUGGUUGCCUCAAUCAAUUUACCUAAUGUACUUUUUUUUGAGAAAUUUGCUUAAAUACAUGGAAUGUGUUAAGAAGCAGCCUUUGUACUAUCCCCCCACUCCCAGGUUCAAGGUGCUGCAUGUUGACUCCACCUCCCAAUUGUUUAAAAAUGACUAUGCCCCCAAACCUCCUGGCAUUUCACAGUACUCUCUUUUUUACUCUUGCAAAUGUGAAAUGCAGAUGCCUUAAGGGGAAAAAAUGCUGAAGCUAGCAGGGAGCAACUCCAUUCGGCCUGGCUUCCCAUAAGAUGCUACUGGUAGUUGCAACUCAGAUGCUGCUUCCAAGCACUAGGGCUUAUUGAUGUUUUCUAUAUAUUUUACUGCAAGCUGAUAAGCCUUGGGUACCAGCCUUCCUGAACAGCUCCUUGUAGUCAUCUUCAAUUUUGAACCAAGCUUCUUUUU